CUAAACGCCAAAUAAUUGAAACCGGUUUGGAGAAUAAAGCUCCAUAAGUUUGUUUCUCAUAGACGAGACCAGGCAGAUAAACAGUGUUUACUUAAGCCAAACAUAUUGUGACCGGAUCUGAGUUGAAAUGGACGACACGAUAGCCGCACAAAAAGGGAGAAUCAUCUACAAACUAUUAUUACUAUUCCUGAUGGCCAUUCUGCAAAUGGCCUUUCAUCCAUUGGCUCGGCGUUUAGAACGUUGCGAUCUGGCUGGACAACUUUAUAUUCUCGAUGUGGUCAAAGAGGAGUUGCCCCUUUGGCUAUGCAUAGCUGAUUUCGAGAGUCGUCUCAACACCCAUGUGAUUGGAACACGUAAUGACGAUGGAUCCAAGGAUUAUGGACUCUUUCAGAUCAGUGAUCGCUAUUGGUGUGCUCCACCAAAUGAGACUGAAUACUAUGCAUUCAAUCAAUGCAAUACGAAUUGUACAGAUCUAUUGAAAGAUGAUAUCACAAUGGCCGUGCAGUGUGCUCAAUUGAUUAAGAGUCUACAGGGCUGGUCUGCCUGGUCGGUCUAUGCAGAGUUUUGCAACAACACAGAGCUGGAAGCCAUCGACAUGUGCUUUCAGUCAAAUGCUACAAUUGACUUGAACUCUGAUGACUGUACGACUAAUUCAUCCAUUGGAAUGCCUCAAACUAUGCUCAAUGAAGGCGACUAAAUUAGUUUAUGUCCAAUUAAAUCAUCACUGCCAAAAAAAAAAUAUAGCAAGAAUAAUAAAGGAGAAACAUAUUUAAUUUAAUAUGCCAA